GUACAAAUCAGCUGCACCACCACAAUCCAGCUGCUUUUUAUAAGUGAAGUCCCCCCAAACAUUUGUUUUUGACUGUCAGUCUUCUCCUCUUUCUCUCUUUUGAUUUCUCUUUCUAGGGUUUCUCCCAAUAGAAAAUAGAAAAGGAAAAAAAAGAGGGAAAAUCACACCAAAGAGAAUCAAACAAUCUGGGUUCUCUCUGAUUCAUUCAUUUCAUUCUCAAUAUUACUAAUUUAAUUAGGAGGAGGAAAAAGAUAAAUUAUUUUUAGGUUUUGUUUAAUGGAGGUUGUCUCUGGAGGAAUCUCCGCUUCUCGCGGUGGUGGUUCACUCCCUCCUGCACCUUCCUCAUCUACUUCUCAGUCAUCUUCUUCUCCUAGAAAGGAAUGGCGUGCUGUUUCUGAACAACAUUCUUCCCCCAUUCGAAACCCUAACAACAACGAGGAGUUUGAGCGAUCAAAAUUAGGGCAACAACAACAAUCUGAUCACGAAAGAACAUUCUUAUACGAGGUUCAGCAAGUAACAGGACAGCAGCAACUAGAUGGUGAUUUAUGUUCAAUGUUGAUGAACGACAACAACAAUGCUGAACAGAAACUACACAGUAUAAUUAGACAGAGACAGGAAUUACUGCAGAUGGAGGUUGAGUUGAGAGCACAGUUCAUUGCUAGAUCUGAAAUCAUCGCAAUGCAGAACAGCUACAAUGCACAGAUCAAUGACCAUGCCAAUGCUGCCUCCCAGCUUAAGGAGCAACUGCGAGAAAGGGAACAAACAAUACGUGAGAUGGAAUUAAAGAUGGAAGAGAUGGAAAGAGAGCUACAUGCUGUUAAAAUGGACAAUGAGACGGCUUGGGCUAAGGAAGGCCUUCUUAGGGAGCAAAACAAAGAGUUGGCAUCCUUUCGAAGAGAGUGGGAUAAUUCUGAAGCUGAGCGAGGACAAAAUCUUCAGCAAAUUCAUGAUCUCAAAGAACAUAUCCAAGAAAAAGAUAGGCUGUUUCUUGAAUUGGAGGAGCAGCAUAGGGUUGCACAAGAGACCAUUAUAUACAAAGAUGAACAAUUGAGGGAGGCUCAAACUUGGAUCUCUCGUGUUAACCAAAUGGACUUGAUUACCAAUCAGACAUUAGAGGCUGAACUGCGACAGCGGACAGAACAGUUUAAUCAGUUUUGGGUUGGAUGUCAAAGACAGUUCGCAGAGAUGGAGGGCCAUCAUCUUCAGGUUAUACAACAGCUUCAAUUAGAGCUGGCUGAGGCAAGAAAGAGGAGCGGUGUCUAUGCUGAUGACUUGGUUCGUGCAGCUUCAAAAACUAAGGAGGCAUUAACACAUACACAAAACAAAGGGAACCAGAUCAGUGUAAAUGGGGGUUCCCCUCAAAAUGGUAAUACUAGUGCCUACCCAAACGGGAGCGUUGAGGAUUUUCAGGCUGUUGCUUCAACUGGCAACGGAUCAGUAAAGCAAGAUCAAGUUCCUGGAGUUCAUAUUGUUCCUUCGUCCCUGUUUGGAAUUGGUGCCUACGGUCUGCCUGGACAGGUUGCUGCGCUGCAUCCCUUUGUUAUGCAGCAGCAAGGUGCUCCACCCUCUGUAACAUCAGCCAACACGCACAUUCCUCAAUCUCAUGUUGGCCAACUUCAGUCUGGGCCUGCAAUUUCAUUCCAUCCACAGUGGGAGAACCAGCAGGCUGUACCAGAGAGCUCACAGGUAUCAAGUCAGAGUCAAUAUCAAAUGCCCCAAACUGAGCAAGGAUCUGGUGCUCGUUACGAAUACGAGCUUACUGCUGAUGGCCUCACUCGUAAAAUGAAUCAUUUGGAAGUUAAUGUCAACCCAAACCAGGAGCCUGAUCCUGUAAUCACAUCCAGUGAAGAAGCACAGGUUCUUCAGUCAAAUGAUAUAAAUAACUUGGUGCAACCAGAGCAGAACUUUCAAGAAAACUCACAGUUAGAUGCUGCUUUAAGAUUGGACUCUCGUGUACAAAGCGGGGAAAACAAGGUUCUGGAGGAAAGCAUAGAAACUGGACCUAACCAUUCAUUAGAGGUUCAAGAGCAGACUGCACGACAACUUUCUGCUGCCAAUAUGUCAUCUGGUAGUUCAACACAUUCUAUGAAUUCUGCUGAAGCUACAGAGUGCAAUGCUAGUGUUGUGGUUUCAUCUGAAGCAUCCUUUCCAGCUGAACGGGUGAUAAAUAUGCUGCCGGUGAGAAAAAUCCCGGAGCCUAAGCUAUUAGAUGAAAGGUCACUGCUAGUGUGCAUUGUUCGUGCCAUUCCUGCAGGAUCUGGUGGUCAAAUUAGAAUUAGUUCAACGCUACCAAAUAGACUGGGGAAAAUGCUUGCACCUCUCCAUUGGCACGAUUACAAGAAAGUAUACGGAAAGCUCGAUAACUUUGUGGCUGGUCACCCUGAACUAUUUGUUGUUGAUGGGGAUUUCAUUCAUCUUCGAGAAGGAGCACAAGAAAUCAUAUCAGCUACUGCUGCGGUUGCAAAAGUUGCUGCAGCUGCAGCUGCUUCUGCUCCUUAUUCGUCUUUCCUACCCUCUGUGGCUGUUACUCCAAUUGCUCAAUCUAAUCGCCUGAAGAAGGUUCCAUCAAUUGAAUCCGAACAUGUUAAGAUUGGUUCUGCAAAGCCAUCACUUAGUACUUCAUCAGCACAAAUUCGUCCUUCAAACGGUGUUCAUGGUCUAGAAAAUGCCAAACUUUUGGGCAAACCUAAAGAUCCAAAGGAGUUGAAUGGUGUUCAUAUGGCUGUUGGAAACGGGGGAAUGCCUAUUCUCCAGACUAAAGGAUCAAGUAAUGGGAGGAAUGGUUCAAGUUUUGCAGGAAAGCAACAAGGAAGCAUCCCUGGAACUGCAUUAACUUCUCGAAGAUAGAAGGGCAUGUCAUUGGACUGGUGUAUGAAGAACGUAGUAACCUAAUGCAACUGUUGGUUUGAUAGAUAACAUGCAAUCUUUUCUGGAGGAGGAGAGAAGCAUCAAGUAGAAAGCGGCUCAAAUGGUGUGUUAAUCUCCAGCUGGUAUUUCUUUCUGUUUUGCUGGGAAAAAAAGAUGCCCUCUCGAUCCAUGUUGUAUUUUCUUUCUUUUACUUUGGAUUGGAUGUUAAACUUGUCAGAAUUUCAUGCACAUAUUUGCAGCUUUAAAAAAAUAUAUAAGCUCUUUCAGGAAA